GCAGCGGCAGAGACGUCGACGGCUCCGAGCUCCGUCCGCGGACAUAUGAGGACUUUCUCCCCCGGAUCAGCGGCUGCUUUUCGGUGAUUUCCCUCCUCGUCGUCCUUCUGGAUGGAUGUGAAGUAAAAGCGCGCGGUCGUCAGUCGGUGUCCUCUCCAUCUGAGUGCUCUUCUCCCCGCUCCGUCAGCUCCGCAUCCUGCCCUCAUCCACAAAAUGGCGGACAUGAUCGAGCUGGGACCCGCCUACGCCAUGUCCCCGGUCCUGGCGGGCUUCCUGGGCGCAGGCGUUCUGGUCCUGGUGGUGGUGGUUCUGGUUCUGCUCUGGUCCUUUUGUCAGCGGCGUUACCUCAGAAUCUCUGGGCGCUACAAGCUGCAUGGCGACCGGUACUGUGACGCCGAAGACCCCCCCUACAAGUUCAUCCACAUGCUGAAGGGCAUCAGCAUUUACCCAGAGUCCCUCAGCAGCAGCAAGAGGAUCGUACGAGGUAUCCGGCGAGCCGACCGCUCUGACCGUGACGGCGAGCGAGGCUGUCCUGGUGCUACGGGGCGGGGCAUGGUGCUGGUGGAUGCGGAGAACAACAUCCUGGACGUACCAGGGCAGCUGCAGAUGAGUCACCUGGUCCCCCCUGCAGGAUCAGGCCCCGCCCAUGGACAGGCCCGUCUAGAGCGGGCGCUGCCAGUGCGAGCGGACUACUGCUGCCUGGACAGCAGCUCAGCCAGCAGUAGCCAGACCAGCAGCAAGACGGCGUCCCCCUUCACCCCCGCCUCCUCGGACCCUGAACCCGAGCCCAGCCUGGGCUCCAUCAGCCUCACGGUCGACUACAACUUCCCCAAGAAGGCUCUGGUGGUGACCAUCGUGGGGGCCCGGGGCCUCCCCGCCAUGGACGAGCAAGCCGGCAGCUCAGACCCCUACGUGAAGAUGACCAUCCUGCCUGAGAAGAAGCACCGCGUCAAGACCCGGGUGCUCAGGAAGACCCUGGACCCACUCUUUGACGAGACCUUCACCUUCUACGGCGUGGCGUACAGCGCGCUCCCCGAGCUCACCCUGCACUUCCUGGUGCUCAGCUUUGACCGCUUCGCACGCGAUGAUGUCAUCGGGGAGGCCGUCGUGCCACUGAAGGGCGUCGACCCGAGCACGGGACGUGUCCACCUGAGUCAGCAAAUCAGCAAGAGGAACAUGCAGUGUGAGAGUCGUGGCGAGCUGCUGGCAUCUCUGUCCUAUCAGCCGGUGUCCCACCGUCUCAGCGUGGUGGUCCUGAAGGCUCGACACCUCCCAAAGAUGGACAUCACCGGCCUGUCAGCCAACCCGUACGUGAAGGUCAACGUAUUCUAUGGUCGUAAACGCAUCGCCAAGAAGAAGACCCACGUGAAGAAGUGCACUCUGAACCCGGUCUUCAACGAGUCCUUCAUCUAUGACAUCCCACCAGAGCUGCUGCCCGAGAUCUCUGUAGAGUUCCUGGUCGUCGACUUCGACCGGACCACCAAGAACGAGGUUCUGGGCCGCCUGCUGCUCGGCCUCCACAGCCCCAACCCCUCUGGCGCCUCCCACUGGAGGGAGGUCUGCGAAAACCCCCGCCGGCAGAUCUCUAAAUGGCACAACCUGAGCGAGUACUGAGGGAGAGACGGACUCGAUGUACAGAAGACGCACUCAUACAUGCACCCACACACUGUUGUGAUCAUAGUAACACUCUCUGUCUCUAAUCUCUACGACAUCUGUAAAAGAAUCCUGCAGUCGUUUCUCAAACAAAAGAAGUUUUUAAAACAAAACCAUGACGUCCAUUUCUACGACUGUUCUGUGUCUCCUCGGCUGUGUGGACGAGGGGAAGAAUGCUCACCAAAAGAGAAAAAAAAGACGCCCCUCUCGCUGUUGUUGUCAUGCUCUCAUCGCAUGUCUGUCCCAGAAAAAGAAACCAUCGUUGUGACCGAGCGGCAGGAACAGAUUCAGCUCCCACAGGAGGAAAAUACUAACACCGCUUUAACUAAUAUAACCCAGAAGAAUUAUUCCGCGUUAGGACCCGUAAGAAACUGCUUCAACCCCCUGACUCGCUCCGCCACUCGGUGAAGUCGUCUCCAUGUCUGGGGGGAUUUUGGUUGUUUUAGGCAGCAUGCUCCCAGCCUGCAGAGUGGCAGACCCUCUCCUCUAAAAGAAUAAAUCAUUCAUUGUUUCAUCCCUUGCUCCUGCAGCAGAACCAACCGAUUCACCCCACCCGAGGAGGAGGAGGAGUCCGUGCUCGACUCCUUCAGACCGAACUGUAGAAUCUUACACAGCUCAGAAGACGAGCAGACUCAUGGACCAUGUAAAAUAUGUGUUUGUAACAUGAAUGAUAUUUAACGGACUAAAUCCUGAUCAUCCUUGGAGGCAGCUGUGGCGCUGGUCGAUGUUCAAACCUGGCUGUUGAUCAUGAAAUCAUUCUCCAGCGAGGGCUGUCACCAUACCAGAGUCUGAGCUUAGAGCAGAAAUCUAAUGGUGGAAAUUAGUUCUCAUCUCUUCUUCUAGUGUCAGAGUCCCAGUAAGCAGACUUUUUCUCUCACAUCCGGCCUUGACAACAAAUCCCAGUCUUUCUAACUGGCUAUUUUAAAGCAGUGAUACUCAACGUGUGGCUCUUUUAUGUCCUUAUUUUAGAUAUUAUUCCCCCAGAAAACCCUUCAAAAAGGACAUUUUUGUUAACAUUUUAACCAUUUUUGCCACUUGUCAG